AUGGCGAAGCCUGUCAAGGCUUCGGAGCUGAGGAACCUCUCCAUCGCUGAGAUUGACGCACAAGUGGACCAGCUCAAACGUGACCUCUUUGCCCUGCGCAUCAAGUUUGCCAAGCAGGAGGACUGGAAACCUUCAUCUGUGAAGGAGAUCAAGCACAAGGUUGCCCAGUUAUUGACCGUGCGGAGGGAGAAUGAGGCCAAGGAGGGCAUGCUUAAGAGGGAGUCGCGGAAGGCUGCCAAGUGA